GCUCUCCAACAAUGGAAAGCGGUACGUACCAUCCAGAAGGAUGAUGGGUUAAUUUGCCAAUCAAAUUGCUACGGGCAUCUCAACUUCGAAGGAACGAGUAAUUAAAUAUGUGCCUCUGGUUCAAUUUUUAAAACAGGUCUCGCUUAAAACACGACCUUCCAAGAACAAGAAUAACCACUUUUAUAUCAUUUUCUACUACAGUAUAUGCACUUUCUCCCUUUUGGGGAGAGUGACUGUGUGUUGAUCCGUCGUUGUUAUCCCAGACGUGGUCCAUUAUAUGCUAGCAAUGACAACACUACUGUAAGGAACUGGAGUGGAUAUUUGAACUGAAGGAACAGCGGCGAGUCCGGGUUUAUACAUUGCGAGCGAUGGCAAGAAAAUAGGAAGAAUACCAGAAAUUCACAGGUGCGGAGGCCCUCGUGCUGAGCCAGAAUGCCGUUAGUGAAGAGGAACAUUGAGCCCAGGCACCUGUGCCACACGGUGCUCCCGCGGGGGAUAAAGAAUGAGCUGGAGUGUGUGACCAACGUGUCCCUGGCCAACGUCAUCCGGCAGCUCAGCAGCCUCAGUAAGUAUGCGGAGGACCUGUUCGGGGAGCUCUUCAACGAGGCGCACUCCUUCUCCUUCAGAGUCAACUCCCUGCAGGAGCGCGUGGACCGCCUGUCAAUCAGCGUCACCCAGCUGGACCCCAAAGAGGAGGAGCUGUCGCUGCAGGACAUCACCAUGAGGAAGGCCUUCCGCAGCUCCACCAUCCAGGACCAGCAGCUGUUCGACCGCCGGACGCUGCCCAUCCCGCUGCAGGAGACCUUUGACCUGUGUGAACAGCCGCCACCACUCAACAUCCUCACGCCCUACAGGGAUGAUGGGAAGGAAGGCCUGAAGUUCUACACCAACCCCUCGUACUUCUUCGACCUCUGGAGAGAGAAGAUGCUGCAGGACACAGAGGACAAGAGGAAAGAGAAAAGGAAGCAGAAGCUGAAGAACAUCGACCGCCCCCCGGAGCCGGAGAAGAUCCCGCGGGCGCCGCACGACCGGCGCAAGGAGUGGCAGAAGCUGGCGCUGGGCGCCGAGCUGGCCGAGGACCACGGAGACGAGCCGCACAAGCACCGGGACGCCGCCGCCGCCAACGGGUCCGCCGCCUACCACGACCCCCGGCAGGCCACGUUUGCGGAGCACAUGGACGGGCCCUUCUCAUUGGCCGCCCUGCCGUUCAGCCAGAUGAACGAGCUCCUGAACCGGACCGGGGACCGGAUGUACGUGCGCCCCCACGAGCCCCCGCCCCCGCCCCCCAUGCACUCUGUGGGAGACAUCAAAGCCCCGUCCAUCAUCAGCUCCAGCUCUGGGUUCACAGACAGCCGUCCCCAGUCCCCGGCCAGGACGCCCGUCUUCCUCAACCCCAACGCCCCGCCCCCUCCUCCGCCCCCCUUGCCACCGCCGCCGCCCCCCUUGCCCUGCACCAUGCCCGGGUCCGGCCUGCGGGGCACGCCCCCCUCCCCGAUACCCCCCUCCCACCAGCCCCCGGCCAUCCCCCCGCCCCCCGCGCCGCUCCAGAUCGCCCCCGGCGUGCUUCACCCCGCCCCUCCCCCCAUCGCCCCGCCCCUGCACCCCGCCUCCCCGGCUCGGCUCCAGCAGGUCCUGGACAAGGGCCCGCCCCCGUCCCAGACGGACGGGCUGAUCCUGCCCCCGCCCCUCCCGCCUCCGCUGCCCCUCGCGGGCGCCAGGACGUCCUCCCCCUGCCCCACGCCGCCGCCCCCCGGCCCGCCCCCCGUGCCUUCCUUCCCGUCGGGCGCCGUGUGCUCCCCGCACGCCGGGCACGACGCCAAGCGCCACCCCUCCAACCUGCCCGUCAUCAGCGACGCCCGGAGCGUGCUCCUGGAGGCCAUACGCAAGGGGAUCCAGCUGCGGAAGGUGGAGGAGCAGAGGGAGCAGGAGGCCAAGCACGAGCGCGUGGGCAACGACGUGGCCACCAUCUUGUCCCGCCGCAUCGCCGUGGAGUACAGCGACUCCGAGGACGACUCCGAGUUCGACGAGGUGGACUGGAUGGAGUGAGACCCGCCGCCGCUGCCUCCUCCUACACCUCCUCCCCUUGUCCUCCUCUUCUCCUCCUCCACUCAUCCGUCUCCCCCUCCCUCCCCCCCCCCCACGUGCUGUCCGAAUCUGUGGUACCUGUUUUUUUAAGGGGGAGGGGAACGGCGUGGGGGGGGGGCACUCCAGGUUACAGUCAUUUUUCAAGUGUUUUGCAGAUGUUUUGUACUCAUUUUCUACACUACAUCUUUUGUUUUUUCAGUUAUAUAAACAUUCUCCUCUUGUACAGUUAAAAAUAAAAUAACCAAAUUUCUUUUUUCAACCCCAAUUACCUUUAAGAGGAGAACUGUGUAGAGAAAAAUAAAGAAGCCCUCUUUUUAUAUCGCUGUUGAGUAUCAUUUUGAAAGUGGUAUGAGGUUUUUCUCUUCAGUUCUUUUACAAUCUCACCAUCUACUGGUUGAAAAUGGAAGUGAACCAGUAAUCUUUUCUUUUUAUUUAUUUUUUUUAAAUACUAGCAGUUUUAAAGAGCCAGUAAUUUCUGGUACAAACCAAAUUGAAAAUAGAAUGUUAAACGUGUGGUGGAUAUUACAGGACUCUCUUUUUAUUACUUUUAUCACAGUCCUGGGUGUGAGUUUUACUGGUUGUGAAACAAGAAAGCAGUAUCACCGAGAUCUGACUUACUAAGCAAUCCGUUCAUAUCUGUCAACAUCCUGCGAACCAAACAGGCCAUGCUGACCGUUUGUGGGAUCCAGGCUGGCUAGUACAACCCAAGACACAAGCACGGCGUGUGUGUACGGAAAUGUCUGUUGAAGCGAACUGCUUCUUUUUUUAUUUUUUUUUGUACGGGAUUUGUAAUUGGGUACGUGUUCCAACAAGCCACUGCAGUUCGCCGCGAGCAGCUAACACAUGACGCUCACUGGUGGGUCACUGUGUUUGUACGCACACUGACUCUGGGGGAGGGGAGGGGGUGAAGGGGGGGGGGGGGGGGGAGAAAACGAAAGAAACUCUGGAACAAAUGGCAGCUGUGAACGUCGUCUCUACGCCGAGUCGAGUGGAAGAAUGUGGCGCCACCCUGUGGUAUGAAACGCCAUUGCAGUUCAGUGGAAGAAGGAUGGACCGACUUUAACCGGCCUGUACUCUCAAAAUGAAGUUGUCAUUAUUUUUCUUCUACUAUGCCUUAUUGUUUGUACCAUACAUGUUUAAGUUCAUGAAUGUAUUGUGCUGUACUACUUUGCCUGCGCUCUUAAAAGUUUAGCUGUUUCUAUGUGAGAAGACCUGGGUUAAAAUACGGUAUUCUGUGUAACUUAUGUAACUGUUUACUGUAACAGUUUGCUUGAAUUAAUAAAAGCUAACGUUAUGUUUAAUGA